AGAACCAAAGACAGAGAGGACCUCUACAGGUAUUCUCAGCAGGACAGGGACCAGAGCUACCCGCCACCCAACCCCAGAGAGAGGGACAGGCUCUGGGCUCAGGAUGCCCGCUACAGGGAUCACUUCACCGGUCCUCCUCCUGCCAGACCGGAGCAGUACCCUCACAGCACUCAGCAGUAUCCUUACGGCUAUGGACGUCCAGACCACCAAAGACCCCAGUCCAGGCAUGGCUACGACUAUCCGCCCUACAGUCCCUGGGACUACAGAGACGGCUACGGUUACUAUGACCACGACUACUACAGAGGACAACGGGAUGCCGGCCAGUGGGGCCCCCAGGAGCCGGUUAGAGCGGGCCCUUACCACGACAGAGCAUACAGGCAGGAACAUUCAGGGAGCUCCUACACUGAGGAGUACAGGUAUGAGCAAAGCAGAAACCACUCCCAGCAUUACCUCAACGACUACGAGGAUAAUCCCUCCAGAGACAAUGAAGAGCUGUCCUCUUACUACCUGGGGACAUUAGAAAGUUCCAAAAACUCGGGCUUGUCCUCCAGCAGCUAUGAACUGAGUCAGUACAUUAACGGAGCUGAACACAGCGAGUCCGUCCCACAGUCUCUUCUCGCAUCUGACGCAGAGCAUGCACCUGUGCAUCAGGUGUCGGCUCCUCUGAAGUACUCCAUCCCUCACGCUGUGGUCAGCUUUGGGCCAGCGGGUCAGCUGGUCCGGGUCAGUCCAGGCUUGGCCACACAGGAGAACAUCAGUCAGGUGGAAAUCCACAGUCUGGAAGUAAUUCUGGGUGAGACAAAGGAACAGCAGGAGAUGAGAAACUUCCCAGGACCUUUAACCAGGGAAGAUUUGCACAAAGUAGAUGCUAUCGAGUUUGCCCACCAGAGGGCGGCCGCCUGCAUGAGAGACGACGAGCUGCACGACCGAAGAUCUGCUGCCCUCCUGUGGAAUCUGCUGAUCCUGCUCUGCAGGCAGAACGGUCAAAUAGUGGGCUCAGACAUCGCAGAGCUGCUGAUGCAGGGCUCACAUUCAGAUGGAAGCUGGGAGGCAGACGCUCCCACGCUCAUUGACUUCAGUGAGGGAGCGACGGCUGAAGCGCCGCCGCGUGCAGAAGAUGACGACCUGCUCACUGGAGACCCGAGCAGCUUCAGCCCUGAGAGCUCUGCCAAGGCCCUGCAGAGCUACACUCAGCUGCUGCUGGCUGGAAGAAAGAAGGAGGCCUUGGAGUCGGCGAUGGGCAGCGGCCUGUGGGGACACGCACUUUUUCUGGCCAGCAAAAUGGACAACAGGACGUACACCACUGUGCUGAGCAGGUUUACAGGCCAGCUGACUGCCAGUGAUCCCCUCCAGACUCUUUUCCACCUGCUGACUGGGAGAAUCCCGGCUGUAGCCAUGUGCUGCGGAAAUGAAAAAUGGGGAGACUGGAGGCCUCAUCUGGCCGUCAUGCUCUCCAAUGAGACCGGAAAUCCUGCCGUCCAACAGAAGGCCAUCGUCACCAUGGGAGACACGCUCGCCUCCAAAGGCCUCUUACAUGCCGCCCACGUGUGCUACCUGACGGCCGGCGUUCCCUUUGGGGCGUUCACCCAGAAGGCAGAGAGACUGGUGCUGCUGGGCAGCAGCCACAGACAAUCCUUUGAAGGCUUUGCCACGAACCUCGCCAUCCAGUGCACCGAGCUGUACGAGUACUGCCAGAAACUUGGGGACAAAAGCCUUUUAAUGCCGUCCUUUCAGGUGUAUAAGUUCCUGUAUGCCAGUCGACUGCUGGACUGCGGGCUUUCGUCACCGGCGUUUCAUUACUGCGAGGUGGUGGGACAGGCCGUCCUCAGACAGAGGGAGCCUCUCUUUGUGCUGACUGGAGAAGUUAUUAAGCUGUCAGACAGGCUGAGACACUCUGAGGGUCAGUUCAGUGAAUCGGGGGUCAGCGGAGCCGGGCAGGAACCCGACUGGCUCCAACAGCUGCGUGCCAGGCACCGCCGUUUACAGAUGGGGAGUUAUGACUACACUGAAACGUACCUGCCACCUCCUGAGGGAGGAGCUCUGGCCCACGAGGAUGGCAAAGUGAUUUUAGAAUCAGACCUGGACGACUUCAACCGUGACAUCCAGAGUCCAGAGCCUGAACUCCUUUAUUACAGAGGCCCCGCGGAUCCAGAGGGCCUGCAGCAUCACGUCGAAGGAAUCACUGAGGGAAUGAACGCGUUGUCGUGGGACGUCAGCGGAGCUCAGAACUGGCCUCACGCCAAUCCUCCGAUGCCAAUUACACCGCUUUAUGCUCCCCCAGCGCCCGCAGUGGCUGCAAGCCAAGACUUCAGUUAUCAUAACACAGAUAGCACUGAAGUCAGAGCCCCGCCACAUUGUCCUCUGCCAUCAGCCGCUGAGGGGGCUGGGUCGUCCUGCGGAGCCAGCACAAUGGAGGCUCACAUGAUGGGAGUCAACUUCAGUCAGCAGGAGCAAAACCAGCAGAGCAUCCCGCGAGGUUUAGAGGCCUCCGAGGAGGCCUCCGAGCCUCCUCAACAGAGCGCCAAGGUCGGAUGGUUCAGCGGUUGGUUUAAAUCAAAACCAAAAGACGUCCAAAAGGAGAGUUCAGAGCAGGGAGGCCCGGCUCACAUGGAGUCACCACCGACUGCUGGCUUCUGUCCUCCCCCCCCUCCUGCUGCUGUCUCUCCUGCCAUGUUUCCAUCGCAGCCGUCCUCUGCUGGGAUCAACCCCUUCUCAAGAAAAGCAGGCCAGCAGCUGGGGUAGAAACAGUGUCGAGACCACUAGCCUGUACCACAGGAUCGCUCACAUCACUAGGGGAUAUCACACCACCUACCACUAACUGCGCCUUCAUAUGUAACGAGAGCUUCACCUGAACUUGGAUGAACACCAGUAAUAUCCAUACCGCUCCACGCCGCCCACAAGUCUUUUUAAAGUAUGUCGUUUCAAACCCCCACAGCACGGCCUGCUCGCCUCCAGGCUGCAUAUUAGAUACAGAAAUACUCCGCAUGGAGCGGCAUAGUAACUCAUAUUGCAGUGAAACAGCUGAUAUGUGCUUUCUUAAAGCUGACAGCAGGGAAAUUAGCAGUGGGUGCCGGACGGGACGUAUUUGGGGGAGCGGAUGCCUUAAUUGACCCCGAUAGCCAUUUAUGUAUGAAGGGCCGUUGAUGCCAGCAACAUGCUGCGACUGAGAGCAGCUGCCUUUAACCCUCAGGGCCCGCUUUAAUAUCACACACACUCGUAUCACUCUGCACACAAAAUAUGCUUUUCAAAAUCAAGCUUUAAAAGAUAUUAUACAUUCAUAUUAUUUUCUACUUUCAUUAAGUUAAUUUUCUAACGUCAGUCCCUAUUGUAAAUAUUCAUUAAUUUCCAGAAUUUUAAACCUUUACAUGCCAAUUUUGUCACAAUAUCACUGUAUCACAGCCUGGGAUCACUGAUUUGCAGCAGCGUUGAUUGUGACAGUGCACCUAAU